AUGGAACCUUAAAAUUGUAUUAAGUCUACAUUUAAAUUUAGAAAUAACUAAAGCAGUAUCAGAUGGAUUUGAAAAUUUAUUACUAACAUAACCGUAAUUUACAAUAUAAAAGAAAAAAGUAUUUUUAGAAGAUAACUUAAAAUAUGGAAAGGAGAUCGAGAGAGAUUAUAAUAAAUUAUAAGAUAUAAUAGAUGUAUAAUAAAUAUAGAAAAUUGAUUAGAAUUUAUAAGGAAAAGUUGAUAAAAUAAUUAAAUCAUAAGAAGAUGAUUUUAUGAUAGCUUACAAAGAACAAAUGACUGAAGUAUAAAAAGAAUUAAAGGCGAUGAAAAGAAAGAUAGAUGAAGAAGCACUUAGAUAAAAAGCUGAUGAAAAAAAAAGAAUUUUAGAAGAAGAGAGAGAUUAUUUUAGAGAAGAAGCCUUGAGAUUAGAUAAAUUAUGCUAAGAGUAAUUAAGAACUAUUGAAGAAUUGAAGUUUAAAUUGAAAAUAACUUUAGAGGAAAAAUAAUAUUAUGAAGGAUUUGUUAUUGGUAUAAAAUAGUAAUAAGUGAUUAGAUUCUAAGAAAGAAAAUAAAGCUUUAAAAUAUGAAUUACUUUAUUUAUAUAAAUAAAAAAGUGAAGAAUAAAAAUUUGGAUAAAGAGUAGGAUCAGUUGGAAAUAUAAAUCCAAGAACAAUUAUGAAAAAGAAUACUGAUUAUAGACCAUUUACUUAAGAAGGCACAAUAAUGACUGCAACUAAAGAUGAUUUAGGAGAGGGAUCAAAACGAGAAUUCUCAUCUAUAAAGCAAGGAUAAAAAACAUAAUUAUCUAGUAAAAUAUAAGAUUAUGGAUCAUCUUAACAUGAUUUUUUUAAAAGAGAUUUAUCUUCCUAACAAUAAAGUAGAUAUAAUUAGGAUAUAUAAUAAGUAUUAAUUUUUAUAUAUUAGAUCGAAGAAACUACAAAAAAAGAAUUGAUUCAAGAGCUUAAAUCUUAAUUAUAAAAAGAAAAAUAAAUAAUUUAAUAGUUGAAAGUAGAAUUAUCAAAAUAGAAUUGUCAAAAAGGAGAAUUAGAAUAAAUAUUAUUAGAUUGUGUUAAUCAAAUGAAGAAAGAAGUGCAUUAUCGUUAAAGUUAAUAAAAAUAAUUAUUAAAUCACAGACUUUCAGAUUCUUAGCCAAACUUAGAGGGUGAAAUGAAUUUUUCUUAAUUCACUCAUACUGACAAGAUGUAAUUAAUUGAAAAUAUUCUUAGUUAAUUAUUAAGAAGGUAUAUUAGUAGUGAAGAAUUUUUAGAUUAAUUAUAUUAGAUUACUUUUAACAACUAAAUGUAAUUAUCUACAUCUUUAAAAUUAAAUGAGAAAUGGAAAAUGGAUGCAGAUGAAGCUACAAAAAAAUUUAAUAAUUUCAAAUAAUUUAAGUUUAAAAACAUAACAAGUCAACGUAAAAUUAUUAUAACUUUUUAGCAAUUUUAAAAACAUCUCUUAUAAAAAGAUAAGAUAAAGAGAUUGUAUAAAUUUCUAAUAAUUUCACUGAAAAAACUAAAGGAUUAAUUGAUAAAAUAAUAAAAAGUUGA